UCAAAAGAGAUUUUUGUCCUAUCCAAUUAUGCAAGUUUAUUAUUUUUAAACUUCAAUUGAAAUCUAAUAAAAUGAAAUUAAAUCUCAUAAAAGACAUCUAUUUAUACAAUUUAGAUUCAUAAAGACGUUACAGUAAAAAGCCAAGUGAAAAUUAAACAAACAUGCCUAUUCCACCAGUCGCGGCAGUCUUAGAGACUGAAACAGAAUGUCGCAGCAUAACAGAUAGUGUUGGAUCACAUUCCGAUUUGUCUGUGACGACGGUGCAUACCGGUGGCACGAUGACGAAAAGUCAGAUGGAUGUUGUUUGUGUUAUUGAUGUUUGCCAAACUGAGAAUUUGUUACAGAGAAAAAAAGCUCUUGAUGAAAUUAAACAAGCUUGCCUUCAAAUUGGAGCAAAUCUGAGCCAUGUUCAGUUUGAAAAGUUGGAUUUUGGAGAAGCAAAUGUAGUGAGCAGCUUUUAUAAUGCAGAUGUGGUAAUAAUAGACAUUUCAUUUCCUGCCCAACAUGGUACUUUAUUCUAUCAUCUUGGUGUUCGGGAAAGCUUUAACAUGAAGCAAAAUAUUUUAAUAUAUAAUGAUAUAGAUUCUGAAGUUACCCUAAAAUUAAAGUUAUCAUGUGGUAGUUAUUUGUUUAUUUCAUAUAAUUUAUCAGAAAGUUCGUGCCUUACAACUUGUCCAAGUGGGCGAGCAGAUGAACCUACAGAUUUUCUACAUCAGAGAUUAAAAAAAUAUUUACAAGAUGUUGAAGUACAAACGAAAGCACACAUGAAAGAGAAAUUUUUAAGUGAUUUAAAAAAGCUCAAAGAACAAAAAACAGGAGAGGAACUCAAUGAAGCUUUGCUGUUAAUGAGAAAACGUCUUGAUGAUCCUAAUGUCCUCUCUGGUGAAGUAAUUGUGAACAUGUUGUUUUGUUUUCGUGAUAUCCAAGAAUAUGAUGCCAUGAUUCACCUGGUUGAGGACCUUAGGAAGGUUCCUACUGCUAAAAAGUACCUGAAUUCUUAUAUCAUGUUCCUCUAUGCUUUUGCACUGAAUAGAAGAAAAAAAGAUGGUGAUAGAAAGAAUGCUUUAGCUGUUUGUGAAGAUUCAUUGAAACACAAAGAAAACCAUUUUCCCGAUAUGUUAUGCUUGUGUGGAAGGAUAUAUAAAGAUAUGUUCACAGAAUCUGAUCACAAAGACAUCAAAAGCUUAGAUGCAGCCAUUUAUUGGUACAAAAAAGGAUUUGAAGUACAACCUAAUGAAUAUGCAGGCAUCAACCUGGCGACUCUUCUCGUAAUUAAAGGUGCAGAAAUAGGGAAAUCAGACGAACUACAGCACAUAGGCAUGGUGUUGAACAAUUUAAUUGGCAAAAAGGGUAGUUUGGCAUCACUAAUAGACUAUUGGGAUGUAGCAACUUUUUUUGAAAUCUCCGUCCUGUUCCAACACUACAGUAAUGCCACCCAAGCGGCUGCAUGUAUGUUUAAGUUAAAACCUCCCAACUGGUAUUUGACAUCUACCAUUGGUAACAUUCAGUUAAUUGACAAGUUCCGAAAAAAAACUGACGAAGCCGGGAGCCCAGAAGAACAAAUUUUCCAUUUUUGGAUGGAAUUUUUUCUAGAGGCCAUAAAAGAAGACCAUGAAGAAGAUUUUAGAUUUCCUGCACUGAUCUUGGAAUCUAGUAAAGAAUUGAUGCCAAGUUACGUCUGUAUUAAUUUAGGUGCAGACCCUCAAACUCUUCAAGUUAAUAAUUUGUGUGACAAGAGUUUGAGGGGCGAAUGUAAACAAAUCCACGAUUGGGAGUUCACGGCAAAUCAAAUAAGGAGCGUCAGUUUUUAUAAAAGAGACGAACGAUGUUUGUUUUUGUAUGUCCACCAUAAUUCCGAUGAUUUCCAGAUAUUUUUUCCGUCGGAAAAUUGUCGAGAAUGUUUUUACAAACUAAUUCUUGAGUUAACUAACCACCAGGAAGGGCUUUUCGAAUCUGAACCACCACGGGACAUAAAAUACGAAUACGAACGUGAUGAAAAUGGAAAAAAAGUCAUUCUCGGUAGAGGCACAUACGGCGUUGUCUUUGCCGCACGUAAUCUUGAGACACAAGUCCGUAUAGCUGUCAAAGAAGUACCUGAAAAAAAUCUAGGGGCAGUACAACCGCUCCACGAAGAAAUACGUCUUCAUUCACAAUUAAGACACAGAAACAUUGUAAUGUAUCUAGGUUCAUUGUCUGAAGAUAAUUAUUUCAAGAUAUUUAUGGAACAAGUACCUGGAGGUUCGCUAAGUGCCUUAUUGAGAUCCAAAUGGGGGCCUCUUAAGUCAAAUGAGCACACGAUGGCUUAUUACACAAAACAAAUAUUGGAGGGUUUAAAAUACCUCCAUGAUCAGAAAAUAGUUCAUAGGGAUAUCAAAGGUGAUAACGUUUUAGUUAACACCUAUAGUGGAGUAGUAAAAAUUUCGGACUUUGGAACAUCUAAACGACUAGCUGGUUUGUGCCCUAGUACAGAAACUUUCGCAGGAACUCUUCAGUAUAUGGCUCCAGAAGUAAUUGAUAAAGGUCAACGAGGUUAUGGUGCUCCUGCCGACAUUUGGUCAUUGGGUUGUACAGUUGUAGAAAUGGCAACCGGUAAACCUCCAUUUAUAGAGUUAGGUUCGCCGCAGGCAGCUGUUUUUAAGGUCGGUUUCUACAAAGCUCAUCCAGAAGUACCGGAGGAACUUUCGGAAAGAGCCAGGGGUUUCAUCAAGAGAUGCUUCGAGCCGGAUCCCGAGUUACGUGCCACCGCUGCUCAUUUACUAGAAGAUCCGUUUUUAGGAUCAGAAAGGCGGCAGAAAAAUGUUCGUCUAAAUACCGAUUUCAACAGAAGCAUAUCAGUACCUGCGGAAAAAAUUACUUCCCGAUAUCCCGGCCACAAUAGUGCUCCAAAUCAAACACCUACAAGUCCUGAUGCAGAUUGUCGUACACAAUCUCACCAGAGUCGAGCCUCUUUACUACCACCUAUUCAAAUGCCUACUGCCCUUACUUUCAACAGUCUGGCUUCAACACCAUCUUUGGAUUGUGAAACCGAUAGUCCUCAUACAGAACGCAGAAAUUCGUCUGGCACUUUACUUUCCCCAGAGGUGGAUACUACGAUAGAAACGGAUGGAUUUUACCUUCUAAAAAAAGAUUCCCAACGGCGAACCACUCUUGCCAAGGUUCUUGCCAAUGACGGUUUAAAAAUUUGUGAAGUAUGGAUGCAAAAAGUGCGCGAUAAAUAUUUAGGAGAAACAGUUUUAACAGAAAAACAUCUCUAUAGAUUAAUGGAUGGUUUGAAAUCCUACAUCACCGAACAAUCUAUGAACGUUGUAGAAAGUACCGUCAGACAAUUGAAAGAAGAGUUAGAUUUCGAUUCUGCUGCCAUCAAUCAACUUCAGUUUGCCAUAUAUUUGUUUCAGGAAUCAGUCAAUGAUGUCCUUCGACUACAUCCGAUCAAACCCCAUUGGAUGUUCGCUUUGGACAACCUCGUAAGGUCCUGUAUUCAAGCAGCUAUUACAGUUCUCACUCCUGAAUUGAGUGAGCACAUAGCCAACAGUUCCCCAAGCACUGUCAACUCAAGUAAAUCCAGUAAAACCAAUGAAGGUUUCGAAGUUAAAGACACAAGUUUGCAAUUACGAAAUGAAAAUAUUAGGUUAAGUCAAGAAUUGCUCGAGUGCCAGCGACAGUAUCAGGGACUCCUGAAGCAGCUAAUCGAAUCUCACCGACUCGAACUCUCCCUCCGUCAAUUAUGUUGCCAUCGGUGUUGUCAUCACAACAACAUUAACAAUAAUAACCCACAAAACGGCAGUCUCGAAGAAAUCGUCGAAGAUCAAAGACUGUCGAACUGGCUCGAAGGUCUCGGCAUCCACGAGUCCGCGAAACGUAUGUUCCUGGCCGAAGGCUAUACACUCGACGAGGUGCUGUACCACAUUAGGCGCGAAGACCUGGUGAGCAUCGGUCUCAAGGGCGCCACCGUCCUGAGGAUUUGGCUAGCCAUCCAGCCCCAUCGGCGUGAGCGCGAAGACAACAACGUGAUUAUUUGUAACGGGGUUACGACGGACGAGAGCGGCACCGUUUAGCGGGCAGCAAAGGCUGAAAUGUUUAACUAAAACUCGAAGAGGUUUUCUUGACGUUUUUUUUAUUGGGCUUCCGGACUUUAUUGGAAAUUAAUUUUCAUUAAUUUUUAUUUAGGGACUUUGGUAGUGGUUUCUACGUGUGAUUCAAUCAGAAUUUUUUUUAAUAUUUUUUUUAAAUACAAAUUGGCGCGGGUAGGAUUCAUUCAAAACAGUGAGGAUUCUUAUAGAGAAUAACAUUCCCUAUCAUUGUUAUUAAAUAUUUUUCUGUGAAAUUCGUAAUUCAAAAAUUAUUGUCCCAUUAGUUUUUCGCUAAAUAUUUCUAUUAGGGACAAAAACAUAGUAAAAGGACAAUUUAAUAUUCAUGAUUUUAAUUUCAGCUGUUGGAUUAUAGAAAAGACAUAUUUAGUGACAGUGGGUUUUGCAGAGAUCCUACCCCUGCGCCAAUUAGCAUUUACGUUUCGAAAUAGUGCUCUUUUCGGUUCAAUUGCAUUUAGUACUCCCGUUUUUUGACCAGUCAAAUGGGUUUUCUUGUUUGUUUUCAAAAACUGUUCGUUUUAAAGAAUGGUAGAUUUUAUUUUAAUAUUUUUUUUAUUAUUAUUUUGAACGUGGACUUAAAAGUGUUGCUUUUUAUUUAUUAUUUCUUUUUUUGUCUUAAUUUUUUUUUUGAGUUUUGUUAACUGUUCUAGAAAUGUUUUCUAGAUCUGAAUUGAAUUAAAACAUUAGAAAUGUUUAUAUUUUGCGACAAUAACCUCUUCUCGUUUUGGAAAUACGUUUUUUCUGUUAAACCCAGUGUAAAAAUUAAUUGGUUUCUAAAAGAAGCGAGCGGUAUAUGGCAACGUUGCUUGCUCGGAACCGUUUUCUCCAUGAUCUGUGAUUUUUGUUUUAUCCGAUGUUUUAAUUUUUAAAAGUCGUGCAAUGACUGGAUUAUUUAUUUUUUAAGGAUUAAUAAUUUAUUUAGUUUAUUUUUAUAUACCAAGAAACUUGGUAAACGCCGAAUUUUAUUUUUAAUUAUACCUUGUUUUACCCGAUUGGUCUUCCGAAAUGUAUUUAUUAUUAGGUUGCCGAUAUUAACGUUUUAACUGGACUAAUAGUUAUGUUUAAGGACAUUCUUUUUGUUUCAUUUUUUUUAAUAAAAGUUAACUAGUCCCAAUGAUAAUGUUAGUGCCUCAAAAACAUCACCAUGGUCUACCAUAUUUACUUACUGUUUGUUUAGUUUUUUAUGAGACUAAUAAAACGUUAUUAAAAUUAA